AGGACAAAAUGGCGGCUGCCAGUGAAGUGCGAUGGCCCAACGAAAAGGAGCAGUACGAACUACAAGAAGUGAUAGGGUAUGGUGCGACGGCCGUUGUUCAAGCUGCGAAGUGCAUCCCUCGCAAUGAACGUGUCGCUGUAAAGAGGAUCGAUUUGGAAAAGUGCGGCGCAAGUAUAGAUGAAAUGAUGAAAGAAAUCCGCACCAUGAGUCAGUGUAAUCAUGAAAAUGUUGUAAAUUACUACACAUCAUUUGUGGUGAAGCAAGAACUGUGGAUAGUCAUGAGGUUGCUGAAUGGAGGUUCCAUGCUUGAUGUGAUCAAACACCAGAAAAAGAGGGGUCACCUUGUAGAUGGUGUCCUUGAUGAGGCUGUUAUAGCAUCUGUUAUGAGGGAAGUUCUAAAGGGUCUAGAUUAUUUCCAUAGCCAGGGGCUAAUACACAGGGAUGUUAAGGCUGGUAACAUUCUACUGGCUACUGAUGGUACAGUUCAACUGGCUGACUUUGGUGUUAGUUCAGUGAUAAGUGAUUAUGGGGACAGGUCAAGGCCAAAGGUUAGGAAGACAUUUGUUGGCACACCAUGUUGGAUGGCACCAGAAGUCAUGGAACAGGUUCAUGGCUACAACCACAAAGCUGAUAUUUGGAGUUUUGGCAUUACAGCCAUUGAGUUGGCCACUGGAAUUGCUCCAUAUGCAAAGUUUCCAGCUAUGAAGGUGCUGAUGUUAACUUUACAAAAUGACCCACCCUCUCUUGACACUGUGGCACAGAAUGAAGGCAACAAAGACAACUACAAAAAGUAUACCAAAAUAUUUAGAAAGAUGAUAAGCAGUUGUUUGGUAAAAGAUCCCACUCAGAGACCAGAUGCUUCUGAACUUCUAAAGCAUCCCUUUUUCAAGAAAGCCAGGGAAAAGGAUUUUUUAGUGGAGACAUUAGUCCCACUAAUGCCUUCUCUGGGUGAAAGAUCACAAAAGGUUAAGCGAGUCCCAGGAUCCAGUGGACGACUUCACCGAGCUGCCGAUGGCAGCUGGGAGUGGUCUGAUGACGAGGCGAAAAAUGACGGCGACAGCGAUGGUGAUGAUGACGAUGAAAAGCCGAAAAAGACCAAUACCGUCACGGAAACUGCACCCAAAUCCCAAGGACCGGACAUCAAGGUUCAACCGUCCACACCGACAUCACCUAAACCUCCUGCACAAAUCAACUUGGAUCUUACUCUUAGAUUAAGAAAUGCCAAGAAAGAGCUGAAUGAUAUCAGAUUUGACUUUACCCCUGGUAAAGACACUGCGGAGGGUGUGGCACAAGAGUUGGUUACAGCAGGUUUAAUAAGUGGACAAGAUUUAGUUGUUGUUGCUGCUAAUCUAAGAAAAGUCAUUGAUGAUCCCCCAAGCAACAAGUCUAUGACAUUUCCCCUUAAAUCAAGUAGCCACGAACCUCCUGAUGAUCGGACGUUAAUUGGAUUCGCGCAGCUCACAAUAAACUCUUAGCGACUCAGGAGCAGCCCCAAUCGAACAAAAAGAAAAGACUUGUUACAGUUCUUUAAUUUUGUGUCGUUCAUCUCAUCCCAAUUUUUAGGAAUGUUUUCCUCAUCAGGGUGGGAGAGAAAUCAUUGGAUGAAUUAAGUAAAGAGAGGUCCAUGCAAUAUAAGGGCAAAUUAACCUGACAGAAGUGAUUAACAUGUAACGUCUUCCUUUAAUAUCCAUGCAUUAUCCAGAAAUCAAGUUUCUGAGAGUACCCAAACUCAUUAGUUAGAAUCUGUCACCUUGAUCUUACACCAAAUUCUCGUAGUUAAUUUACACGUGAAUGUGUAGGAGCUAGAGGAGAGAAUUUACAACCAGAUCUCGGGUUUAAAGGGUUCAAAGCCUUCCCAUGAAAUUGCUUUCUUAGAUUUUUCUCCUUAAAUUUUUCCCUCAGUUGUCAAUUUAAGAAAGAUCUGCGCCACCUGUUUUGUCACGAGGGUGGAACAAGGGGAAAAUAGGAGCUUCCAGUACGAAGAAAAAAAAAAACAAUUUUACAUCUUUCUUUCUCUCCUAUUCUAUGUUUUGCACAUCGUCUUCCACUCUGCUGAUCUUAGUGGUGUGCAGGACUUUUGUUGCAUGUUAAGCUAGUAGUGGCAUGGAGUUUUCUUUAUCUCAGUGGUAGUGAAAUACGAAGGGUUUGUAGUUGGAUUCCUUAUGGGGAGUCAGAUUGAUUUUCCUUUCUUCGACGCUUGCUACAAAAUGAACACAUAAUAUUCAGAAAAAACAGUUAAUGAUAUUAGGGUUCCAUAAAAGGUCCUCUGCGGACUUAGUAAGUUCGACUGAAAUUUACAUUGUCUCUCUGUUUCAUUGGUUUGGAUUUCCAAGGGGCAAAUUUCCUCAAUAGAGGCUAUAAUAUUAGCCCGACAGGAAUGGUGUGUGCGGUCGGGAAAAGGGGUUAAAUUCUCAAGACAGAUUAUCAUCGACUGGAACUUGUUUUAUUUUUCACUUAAUCUUGAAUGUUUUGUUUCUGUGAGGUCUAGCACUAUUUUAUUCUCUCUACGUUAACAACCCAGCAGCAGUAGAGCCACAUUCGGAAGAACUUGGUUCUCUGGGGGAAAAUCAUUAUAGUCUUGCUUUGGCUCCUGAUUGGCCCAAAAGAGAAAACAUCUUGCUUUUGAUUGGUUGAGGCUAAAUAUAGCACAUUUCAUACCGUCUCUCGUUGGGAAAAUCUCUCCAUCUGAAGAAUGGCUGAUUGUAAAUUUUCGCUAGCCAUGUUGGUGUAGAUUGCGUCAUAGACAAUGCAUUCGUAUACAACGCGCUAAUUUUGUGUCUGAAGAUAAAACCUCACUAAUACUAGAUAAACUCAACUAGAAAGUAUUUUAUUAAAACAAUGCGACUAAAUGUGA